CAAAGUGGAACAUUUAUGACAAUACAAUCAAAAAUUCAUUUGAUGGCAGGAACAGUAAAUAACAAUUUGGAAAAUGAUCAUUUUAAAACAUAUGUGUCUAAUUUAAAAAAAGCUUCCGAAGAUUUACAAUUGAAUAAUAUUGUUGGCCUCAUUGAACCGAUAAAUAAAUAUGCCAUUCCAUUAUACUUUAUGGAAUCCUACACAAAAGCAUCAACCGUUCUGAGAGAAAUAAAAUCUAAUAAUAUAAAAAUUAUGGUUGACCUAUAUCAUCUUCAACAUAUAUGCGGGAACUUCACUAAAACCUUAGAAGAAUAUGGGAAUGUAAUUGGACAUUUUCAAAUUGCCCAGGCACCAAAUCGAAAUGAGCCAGACACGCCUGGCGAACUUAAUUAUGACUAUGUUUUUAAAACUAUACAAUUAUUUGGCUAUGAUGAUUGGAUCGGUUGUGAAUACAAACCGAAAACAACAACUGUCGAAGGAUUAAAUUGGAUUAAGAAAUAUCUUUAGCUUUUGAUUAUAAAGAAAAAUAAUAUACAUUAUUAAAAAAGUAA